GUUCAGUUGCUCGCGACGAGCCAUCCAGUGCGGUUGGAUGGGCUCUUGAAAAGGAAUACGAAGAAAAAAGAAUACAAAAGUGAAAAAUAAGAACAGUGGCAAAGAUAAGAAAGUGGAAUACAUAAGAACUGUGCGAACCGGAAGUGCACACAAUAAAAGGACUUUCAUUGUCAGUGCGUGAGCGUGCGUGCGAAAGAGAGAGUGAGAGUGCACAAUGGGGCGGCUUGUGGCCCCAUGCAGUGCAAUGGGCGUGGCCCUUGCAUUGUGUUUGAUUGUUGCGCUUUGUAAUGCUGAAUUGACGCCGCCAUAUUUCAAUUUGGCUACUGGCCGCAAGAUACAUGCAACUGCCACAUGUGGCGAGGACACCGAUGGACCCGAACUCUAUUGUAAAUUGGUCGGCGCAAAUACGGAAAAUGAAUACAACAAAUACUCGGUUAUCCAAGGACAGGUCUGCGAUCAUUGUGAUCCCAAAAUACCGGAUAAGAAUCAUCCGCCAGAGAACGCAAUUGACGGCACCGAAGCCUGGUGGCAGAGUCCUCCCUUGUCCCGAGGCAUGAAAUUCAACGAAGUCAAUUUAACCAUCAAUUUCGAACAGGAAUUCCAUGUCGCCUACUUGUUCAUUCGCAUGGGCAACUCGCCACGUCCGGGUCUCUGGACGCUGGAGAAGUCGAUGGAUUAUGGCAAGACCUGGAUGCCGUGGCAGCACUUUUCCGAUACGCCCGCUGAUUGUGAGACCUACUUUGGCAAGGACACCUACAAGCCAAUUACGAAGGACAACGAUGUCAUUUGCACCACAGAAUACUCGAAAAUUGUACCGCUGGAGAAUGGUGAAAUCCCUGUGAUGCUGCUCAAUGGACGUCCCUCGGCAACGAACUACUUCAACUCGACGGUGCUGCAGGAAUGGACUCGUGCCACAAAUGUGCGCAUUCGUUUGUUGCGUACCAAGAAUCUGUUGGGUCACUUGAUGUCGGUGGCACGGCAAGAUCCGACGGUCACACGUCGUUACUUCUACUCGAUCAAGGACAUUUCGAUCGGUGGUCGUUGCAUGUGCAACGGUCAUGCGGACACCUGCGACGUCAAGGAUCCUAGCAGCCCAGUGCGUAUUCUCGCCUGUCGUUGCCAGCAUCACACGUGUGGGAUUCAGUGCAACCAAUGUUGUCCUGGCUUCGAGCAGAAGAAAUGGCGUCAGAACACCAAUGCGCGUCCCUUCAACUGCGAACCCUGCAAUUGCCAUGGCCACAGCAACGAAUGCACUUACGAUGAGGAGGUCAACCGCAAGGGUUUGUCCCUGGACAUCCAUGGACACUACGAUGGUGGCGGCGUCUGCCAGAAUUGUCAGCACAACACCGAGGGCACAAACUGCAACAAGUGCAAGCCCAAGUUCUAUCGCCCACGUGGCAAAUACUGGAAUGAAACCGAUGUCUGCAGUCCUUGCAAUUGCGAUCUGUCAUAUUCGACGGGACACUGCGAGGAGGAGACGGGCAAGUGCGAGUGCCGUGCCGCCUUCCAGCCACCCAAUUGCGACUCCUGUGCCUAUGGUUACUACAACUAUCCGCAGUGCCGCGAAUGCGAGUGCUAUUUGAAUGGCACGAACGGCUACAACUGCGAGGCCAUCAAUGGCAUCUGUCCAUGUAAGAAGAACUUUGCUGGUGCCCUGUGCAAGAAGUGCGCCGAAUCGUACUAUGGCUUCCCCGAGUGCAAGGCUUGUCAGUGCAAUCAGCAGGGAUCGAUCAACAACGAUUGCGAUAUCGUCUCUGGCAAUUGCACGUGUCUCAGCAACUGGGGCGGCGCUCGUUGCGAACGUUGCAAGGAUGGUUACUACAACGAACCAACCUGCACAUAUUGCGACUGCGAUCAUGAAGGUACCGAGCCAGAGAUUUGCGACAAGCAGUCGGGUCAGUGCAUCUGUCGUGAAGGAUUUGGUGGACCGCGUUGUGAUCGCUGCUUACCAGGAUAUUACAAUUAUCCGUAUUGCAAGCCUUGCAAUUGCUCCACCACAGGCAGCUCUGCCAACACCUGUGACAACUCUGGCAAGUGCAGCUGUCUGCUUAACUAUUCUGGCAAGCUGUGUAACAUGUGCAGCGCAGGAUAUUACAACUAUCCCGAUUGCUUACCCUGCAACUGCGACGAACAUGGCUCCGAGGGCGUUACCUGCAAUGAGAACGGUUGCUUCUGCAAACCCAACUUUGAUGGUCGUCAGUGCGAGCGCUGCAAGGAAUCAUUCUACAACUUCCCCGCCUGCGAGGACUGUAACUGCGAUCCCGCUGGCGUCAUCGAUCAGUUUGCCGGUUGCGGUUCUGUGCCAGUGGGUGAACUCUGCAAGUGCAAGGAGCGUGUGACGGGCAGAAUUUGCAAUGAAUGCAAACCGCUCUAUUGGAAUUUGACCAUUAGCAAUGCCGAGGGUUGCCAGGAAUGUGAUUGCUUCAUUGAUGGCACCAUCUCCAGCUUGGACACCUGCGCCUCCAAAUCUGGCAAAUGUCACUGCAAACCUCACACAACCGGACGCAGCUGCAAUGAGUGUCGCGAUGGCACCUUCGAUUUGGAUGCCGCCUCGCUGUUUGGCUGCAAGGAUUGCGCUUGCGAUGUGGGCGGCUCGUGGAAUAGCGAAUGCGACAAGGUCACCGGUCAGUGCAAGUGCCAUCCACGCAUCAAUGGACGUGCCUGCACACAACCCUUGACCACUCAUUACUUCCCUACAUUGCAUCAGUUCCAAUACGAGUACGAGGAUGGUUUGCAGCCAUCGGGCGCUCAAGUGCGUUAUCAGUAUGACGAUAAGGUCUUUCCGGACUUUAGCAGCAAGGGUUAUGCCGUGUUCAAUGACAUUCAGAACGAAGUACGCAAUGAGUUGACAGUCUUCAAGUCCUCGCUGUACCGAAUUGUCAUUCGCUACAUGAAUCCCAAUGAUGUGAACGUCACGGCCAGCAUUCUGAUUCAGUCUGAGAAUCCCCUCGAGGUGGAUCAGAACGUCAAGGUGCUGUUGCGUCCCACAACGGAACCCGAAUUUGUCACCGUCGCCGGACCCCAGGGCAACAAACCCUCAGCUGUUGUGCUGGAUCCUUCGCCUUCACCCUACACCUUCAUCACCAGGGCCAACCAGAAUGUGAUGCUCGACUAUUUUGUGCUGUUGCCAGGUGCCUACUACGAGGCAUCGAUCCUCACACGCCAGAUUGCCAAUCCCUGUGAGCUGGGCAACAUGGAGUUGUGUCGCCACUACAAGUACGCUUCCGUUGAUGUCUUUGAACCGGCCACCGUGCCUUUCGUUGUGGAUAGCGAUGGUAAACCGAGCAAGCCCACAGAGUUCUAUACCGACUCCGAGCAUCUGCAGAUCACUGCACAUACGGGAGACAUUCCAGUGUUGAGCCACAAGCAGAAGGAACUCAACUAUAUUGUGGAUGUGCCACGUAGUGGUCGCUACAUCUUGGUGAUCGAUUACAUUAGUCAUCGCAAUUUCGCGGUGCCCUACGAUAUCGAGUUGCGCGUGGGCAAGGAUGAGAACUCGCUGUCCUCAGUGUAUCUUUAUCCCUGUCUCUAUUCGACCGUCUGCCGUACGCCCAUUAAUGACGAUGGACGCGAAAAAUCAUUCUACAUUAACAAGGAUGAUUUGAUGCCAGUGACGCUCUUCACGGAGGACGACGACGAAUUCCGUGCGCCCAUCAUUUCAGUGACUGCUAUUCCAGUAGAAGAGUGGUCGAUUGACUUUAUAAAUCCCAGUCCUGUCUGCGUGAUUCACAACAAUCAAUGCGCCGCACCCAAAUUCCGUUCGGUGCCCGAUUCCAAAAAGAUUGAAUUCGAAACCGAUCACGAGGAUCUGAUUGCCACCAAUAAACCACACUAUGCCGUCAUGGAUGAGCGUGUGAAACUCAUAUUUUUGGAUAGCCGCCAGAAUGGUUCAAUUGUCGUUGAAUCCAAGGUUGCUGACCCGGGACGUUAUGUCAUCCUGGUGAAGUACUAUCAGCCCUAUCAUCCCAAGUAUCAGGUGCUCUACACUCUGACUGCUGGCAAGAAUCAAUACGAUGGCAAGUUCGAUAUCAAACAUUGCCCCUCCAGCUCUGGUUGUCGUGGUGUCAUUCGUCCCACUGGCGAUGACAUGUGGUUCGAUAUUGAGGAUGACUUUAAGUUUACACUGACGAACCCACGCCCUCUUGGUGUUUGGCUGGACUACUUGGUGGUGGUGCCAUUGGAGCAGUACAACGACGAUCUGCUGGUGGAGGAGACCUUUGAUCAGACCAAGGAGUUUAUCAAGAACUGUGGGCAGGAUCAUUUCCACAUCACGCACAAUGCCAGCCAAUUCUGUCAGAAUGCUGUCUUCUCGCUGACAGCGGAUUACAACAGCGGUGCCUUGCCUUGCAACUGUGACUACGAGGGAUCCACCAGUUUCGAGUGUCAUCCAUUUGGUGGUCAGUGCCAGUGCCGCAAGAAUGUCAUUGGACGCCAGUGCACGGCUUGUCGUCCUGGCUUUUUCGGCUUCCCUGAUUGCAAAAUGUGUGAUUGCCCGAGCAUUGCCAUGUGCGAGCCCAACACUGGAGAAUGUCAGUGUCCCACCAAUGUCAUAGGCGCUCUAUGCGACAAAUGUGCGCCCAACACUUACGGCUUCCAUCAGGUGAUUGGUUGCGAGGAGUGUAACUGCAACUACAUGGGUAUUGCCAACGGCAAUCAGCAGUGCGACAUGUUCAACGGAUCCUGUUCGUGCCGUGACAACAUCGUUGGCCGCGCUUGCGAUGGUUGUGCCAAUGGUUUCUACGAGUUUCCCAGAUGUAGCAUGUGCAGCUGCCAUCAACCCGGUACCGAACUGGAGGUGUGCGACAAGAUCGACGGCAGAUGUUUCUGCAAGAAGAAUGUGGUUGGCAGAGACUGUGACCAGUGCGUCGAGGGUACUUACAAUUUGCAGGACAGCAAUCCCGAGGGUUGUACCACUUGCUUCUGCUUUGGCAAGACCUCACGUUGUGACAAUGCUUAUUUGCGUGUCUACAAUGUCAGCCUGAUGAAACGGGUUUCCAUCAAUUCGGCAGACUUCCAAGAAAACACGAUUGAUUUCGAAGUGUGGGAUGUAAAGCCCGAGGAUUUGAUGUUGAAUGAGACGACGCUGCAAGCGGACUUCACGAGUCGCGAGGUGAACGAUCAACGUGUCGCCUACUUUGGCAUGCUAGACUAUCUGCUCAAUCAGAACAGUCAUAUCUCUGCCUAUGGCGGCGAUCUUGCUUACACACUAUACUUUACCUCCGGCUUUGUGGGCAAAGCAAUUGUGGCUCCCGAUGUUAUUCUGUUGAGCAAAAAUCAAGUGCUCGUGCAUCAGAGUUACGAGCAGCCCAGCAGCAAUUUGGUAUUUAAGAAUCGCCUGGAAAUGAUUGAGAGCAAUUUCAUGACCCAGACCGGUAAGCCUGUGAGUCGUGCCGAUUUUAUGAUGGCUCUACGCGACCUAGAAGCGAUUUUGAUACGUGCCAAUUACUGGGAACAAACGCUGAACACACGGCUCUCCGAUGUCUAUCUGACGCUGGCCGAUGAGGACACCGAUGGCGAGGGCGCGUAUAGUUUGCUACCCGUAGAGCAUUGUCACUGCCCGCCCGGGUACAGAGGACACUCGUGCGAGGACUGUGCCCCCGGCUAUCAUCGCGUGGACAACGGACCCUAUGGCGGUUACUGUGUGCCCUGCGAGUGUAACGGUCAUGCCGAGACCUGCGAUUGUGCCACUGGAAUCUGCACCAAUUGCACGGACAAUACACGCGGCGAUCACUGUGAACAAUGCAAUGUUGGGUAUUAUGGUAAUGCCACUCACGGUACACGACACGAUUGUAUGAUCUGCGCCUGUCCGCUGCCCAUCGACUCGAAUAACUUUGCCACCAGUUGCGAGAUCUCCGAGUCGGGCAAUGAAAUCCAUUGCGAGUGCUUGCCGGGUUACACGGGACCGCGCUGUGAGUCGUGUGCGAAUGGUUUCUACGGUUCUCCCGAGACUGCUGGCGAUGUCUGUAAACCGUGCGAAUGCUCGGGCAACAUUAAUCCUGCGGAGCAAGGAUCUUGCGAUACACGCACUGGCGAAUGUCUGCGCUGCUUGAACAACACCUUUGGCAUGGCUUGCAAUCUGUGUGCUCCUGGCUUCUAUGGCGAUGCCAUCAAGCUGAAGAAUUGCCAAUCUUGUGAUUGCGAUGAGAUGGGCACCCUAGAGUGCGAUCCCUAUGAGGGCAAAUGCAGGUGCCACGAGAAUGUCAUUGGAGAGCGUUGUGAUCAGUGCAAACCCGAUCAUUAUGGCUUUGAUUCUGGCGUUGGGUGCCGCUCUUGUGACUGCGGUGCUGCCUCCAAUUCGACGCAGUGCGACCAACACACCGGACACUGUCUGUGCAAACCUGGCGUCACGGGUCGCCAAUGCGAUCGCUGUGCCGUCGAUCACUGGAAAUACGAGAAGGAAGGCUGCUCGCCUUGUAACUGCAACCAGGGCUACUCCCGCGCCGGCACCGGCUGUAAUCCGCAGACGGGACAAUGUGUCUGUCUGCCCGGUGUCAUUGGCGAUCGCUGUGAGGCGUGUCCCAAUCGCUGGGUGCUCACCGAGGACGGUUGCAUGGAGUGCAACAAUUGCCAUCAUGCGCUGCUCGAUGUGACCGAUCGUCUGCGCGAUCAAAUCGAUGGCGUACUCCAGGACUUCGAGACCGUGACAAUGGCAUUCUUUACCACACAGAAGCUCAACUAUUACGAUGUGCUGGCCGAUGAGUUGGCACCCAAGGUGACGAAUCUGGAUCCCAACAGUGUGAAUCUGGCGCCAUCGCGUGAAUUGAACAGCGAACUGGAAGCAGCCAGCAAGGCUUACGCCAAGCAGGUGAAUCAAACGCUCAGCAAUGCGUUGGAUAUACGACAACGAUCAGGAGUGCUCCUGACCAAUGUUUCAACCGUGCAUUUGGAUGCCUUGGAUAGCGUGAAUCAAGCACGAGAAGCCAUUGCUGCUGUGGAUGCACUAUCUCAAAAUCUGGAGGCGACGGCAACCACAAAGAGCGGAGCUGCCUUGGAGGAAGCACAGCACAUACUUGACAAGAUCAAUGGCACACAAAUUGAGCUGCAAUCCAAUGAGCUUGUGCUCGACAAAGCGCGUGAAUUGUACGAUGAGGUUGACAAACUGGUCGAACCCAUUAAGCUACAGAAUCGCAGCCUGAAUGCGCUGAAGGACGACAUUGGUGAGUUCAGUGAUAAACUGGAGGAUCUCUUCAGCUGGAGCGAAGAAGCGCAAAAGCAGUCGAGCGAUGUGGAACGUCUGAAUGUGGCCAAUCGCAAGGCCUACGACAACUCCAAGUUCGAUACGGUGUCGGAGCAGCAACAGGAGGCUGGCAAAAACAUUUUGGAAGCCGGAAACUAUUUGAUCAAUGGCGAACUGACGCUCAAUCAGAUUGCCAGCAAGCUGGAGGAUUUACGCGGCGCUCUCCAGGAACUCAAGGAAGUCAACAAGGGUGUGGACGAGUAUUUGCCCGCAGUCGAUAAUCAGCACAAUGAGGCCGACGAACUCACCAUGCAGGCGGAACUACGCGCCGCCGAAUUGAGUGCAAGUGCCGCCAACUUGGCCAAUCAAUACACGGAUAUGACCGCCCAUGCGGAGCCAGCGAUCCAGGCAUCUACCGCGUACUCAGACAUUGAGGAAGCCGUCGAGGCUGCCAAGGAGUUGAGCCUGAAUGCGGCCAACGCCGCUGAGAAUGCUGUAAAGAUUCAGAAUGGCAUUGAGGAGCGAGCAGGUACAUCGGACAAGGAAUCCGCCGAGUUAUUGCAGAAGGCACGUCAAUCGCUGCGCAAGGUACAGGAUUAUCUGGAGCCACGCCUUAAUGGCUCAGCGGGCAAGGUGCAGGAGAUUUCGCAGUUAAAUGCCGCCACCGAAGAGCAGGUGAAGGACAUUAACAUUUUGCUACGCAAGCUGUCCAACGAGACACAACGUGACAUGUGGAAGACUUCAGAUACGAAUGCUGGCGAUGCGCUGGAGAUACUGCAAAAUGUGCUCGAGACGCUGAAACCUGUGAGCGGACAAACACCCAAGGAACUCGACAAGGCACGCAACAUUAGUCGCGAUGUGGACAUUACCAACAAGGACGUUUCGCAGGCCAAUAAUCAGCUGGAUAGCGUUGAGGUGGCUGUGCCCAAGCUUACCGAACUGGCCAACGAUAUUGAGGAGCAACAGCAACAUGUCAGCGAGCAGAGCCAACGGCUUGGUCAAGAUAUUGAGCAUCUGAAGCGACAGAUUGAAACCGCACGACGCAUUGCCAACAACAUCAAUGUGGGUGUCAGGUUUACGCCUAGCACAGUGCUUGAGUUGAAGACCCCCGAGAAGGCUCCGCUGCUGGCUACAAAGACAAAGCUCUCGACAUAUUUCAGGACGAACGAGCCCAACGGUUUCCUCUUGUAUCUGGGCAAUGACAACAAGACCAGCCAGAAGAACAAUGAUUUCGUUGCUCUGGAGAUUGUCAAUGGAUAUCCAAUUGCUACCAUUGAUUUGGGCAAUGGUCCCGAGCGCAUCACAAGUGAUAAACAUGUCGCCAAUGGUCAAUGGUAUCAGGCCAUCUUCGAUCGCGUCGGUUCUAAUGCCAAGCUCACCAUACGCGAACAGUUGCCCAAUGGCGAGAUUGUCGAUCACAAGAACGCCAACGUUUUGGAGGGUGCCAACAAUGUGCUGCAUGUUGAUCGCAAUAGUCGCCUGUUUGUCGGCGGUUAUCCGGGACCUUCGGACUUUACCGCACCCGAUGACAUACGCGCCAGUUCGUUCCAGGGUGAUAUUGAGGAUUUGCGCAUUGGUGACGAGAGUAUUGGUCUUUGGAACUUUGUGUAUGGCGAGGAGAAUAAACAGGGCGCCGAUGAACGUGCAGUGUUGGUCGAGGAAAAAGCACCCGUCACCGGUUUGCGCUUCAAGGGCAAUGGUUUCGUGCAAUUGAAGGCAACGCCCUAUAAUUUGAAGUCACGUUCGAGCAUUCAGUUCAAGUUCAAGGCGGCCAAGGAUGCAAGCAAUGGUCUGUUGUUCUUCUAUGGUCGCAAUAAACAUUUCAUGUCCAUUGAGAUGGUCGAUGGUGCCAUCUUCUUCCGCUUCAAGCUGGGCAAUGGCAUGGUCUCUUCGGGCAGCCAGGAUCGUUAUAAUGACAAUAAAUGGCAUCAUGUUGUCGCCGAGCGUGAUGGUCGCCAAGGUCUACUCAAGGUCGAUAAUGUGUUACUCUUCCACGACAAGGCGCCAGCGGAUGCUGAUGCCGAGAUGCCCAAGCUGCAGCGCAUGUACUUCGGUGGUUAUCCUGGACGUCGCAAUCAUUCGGAUAUUGUUGAGCAAAACUUUGACGGUUGCAUCGAUGAAGUAUCCAUCACUGGUUAUCGCGUGGAUCUUACUCAGUAUGUCAAUGGCACCGGUUUCGUUGAGGGUUGUCCCGACAAGUACUCCACCUCGUUGUCUUAUGCCCCGCAUGAUUAUGGCUUCCUGCGCAUCGCAAAUGUGUCAUCGGAGAACAAGUUCGAUGUGGUGUUGCGCUUCAAGACCAAACAGCCAAAUGGUGUGCUCUUCUAUGCCGCCAAUCAUGAUCAAAGCUCCACAAUUGGCUUAACACUGAAUGAUGGCUAUCUCACGUUGAACAGCAUGGGCAGCGAGUUGGUUGUGACCGAGCGGCAGUUCGAUGACGGCGAGGAUCAUGUGGUCACUGUGCAUCACGAUGCCCAACAGCUGCGAUUGUCUGUUGACGAUGCACAGGACGCGCGGCUGCCUGAAAUUCCAGCACCCCUGGAGAUCCGAGGAGGUGACAUCUUCUUUGGCGGUCUGCCCGACAACUAUAUACCACCUAAGAGCGCUAUCUCAACGCUGGCCUACUAUGUGGGUUGCAUCAACGAUGUUACCGUCAACGGCGAGAUCAUUAACUUUGCGGACAGCGCGGAGCGCAAGAACGGCAACAUCAACGGUUGUCCACAGGACAUUCUAGCCUACGAGACUAGCUUGCUGCCCACCUACUAUCCCUCGGGUGCCAAUGAAUUGGAGCCGCCAUCGCCAGCUAAGGUUCCCACCAACGUUUUUGUGGCACCCACAACAACGACAACAACAACCACUGCAGCACCCACAACAACCACAACAACGUCAACCACAACUACCACCACCACCACAACAACCACAACAGCCGCACCGCCAGUUGUGAUUCCCGAGGAGAAACCACUGCCACCGCUGGGACCACCGACAACACAGCGUACGCUGGUGACAAAGCCACGUCCAGAGCCCAAUUUGCCAACGGAUCAGCGCUGCAAACUGCCGGUGAAUCCCAACUAUGAUGUGGACUUUGUCGAGGCUGGCUAUCGCUUCUAUACACUGCAGGAUCAGCGUCUCGAAUUCAAUUCGCUGCCCGUCAAGGUGCGCAAGCACUACGACAUUAGCAUCUCGGUGCGCACCAACUAUCCGAAUGGUGUGCUCUUCUAUGCUCCUGGCCAGGAGGCUGGUGACUUUAUUGUCGUCUAUCUGCUCGAUGGUUAUGUGUAUCAUCAUGUGCAUGUGGGCGCCACCAUUGACGCCAAGAUCGUCAGCGAGGAGGACAUCAUUGAUGGCAACUGGCAUACGGUUGAGUUUAUGCGCACCAAUCACAGAAUAAGUUUGUCCAUCGAUGGCAAGGAGCAGGCAGGUGCUGUUGAGCUGAACGGCGAUCGUCAGCCGCCAACCUUCAAUGUGGUCUUCCCCAUCUAUGUGGGCGGUUAUACCAAAUAUGUGGAGCGCGAUAUCAAAUCGAUUACAACGCUAUCCGGAUCCACAUCCUAUUACAAUGGCUGCCUGCGAGACAUCAAGUUCAAUGGCAAGGCUUUGGAAACGGAGCCCAUGGUGCAUGAUGUUGUGCCCUGCACGGAUCAAGUGGAGAGCGGUGUGUUCUUCCACAAGCCCACGGGUUUUGUGAAGCUCUUUGAGCGCUUCUCCGUUGGCUCCGAGAUACUGAUCAACUUUGACUUCCGACCACGUGAACCAGACGGUUUGCUCUUCUCGGUGCACGGCAAGAAUUCGUAUUUGAUUCUGGAGCUGGUGGACAACACGUUGUUCUUUACAGUCAAGUCGGAUACCAAGAAUGUGGUGGUGGCCAACUACACACUGAAUGACAACGCCAGCUUCUGUGAUGGCAAGUGGCGUAAUGUUCAGGCCAUCAAGUCCAAGUUUGUCAUCACGAUUGCCGUUGACUACGUCAGCUCGCAGCCAGGUGUUGGCAACGAGGGAUCCGCGGUGACCAAGACGAAUCGUCCACUGUUCAUGGGCGGUCAUCAUGCGUUCCAGAAGGCGCCAGGCAUUAAGACUAAGAAGACAUUCAAGGGCUGCAUUGCCAAUGUCCAAAUCAACAAGAAGCCUGUUGUCAUUACGCCCAAUCUCAUCUUUGGCGACAUCUGGCACGGAAGUUGCCCCAUAAACUAAGUUACCGAAGAUGAUUCCCACGGACAAACGAGACAACGAUUACCCCAUAUGGAAAGUUAACAAAACGUGGAGCGAUGACAACAUUCGAUUACGAUUGAAGGACAACGAGAAACGAACAAAUCCCACUACGAACAAUUAACUCGACGAACUGUCCUCUAAACUGAAAGUUCUAUCAAUUGUUUGAGCUUUCGGUAAAGCUGCUCGUCGUACAAUUAUAUACUAUAUCUAAGUCCAAAACUUGUGCCAAUUUAUAAAAUCUACAGAUUUGUAAUCAUAUCAAAUAUAAUUUUUUGAAAACUUGUCUUGAAUAAAUGUGAAAGUAAAGUAAAGUACA